AUGGCAGGCAACGGCGCGGAGCACACUGCAGCAGAAGCACCUGCGAUCCUGCUGCUUAGCAGCAAAUUGAAGGUGGACAAAGUCAAGGAAAACAGAUUCACUCAAAUUGGUUAUUUCAAGAAGCAGCAAACAGUCCAGGAGGAACAUAUGCGAGACGGACUCGCUGCUGCUGAAGCCGGCUUUGCGCAUGCAGCAGCAGCAGGAGCAGCAGCAACAGAAGCUGCAGCAAGGGCAGCAACGCCAGCAGCAGCAGCUCUCGUGCUGGCCCACGAAUCUUUUGCUGCUCAUUUGACGCCUCUCGUUUGCUCAGGGCAGCUGCAGCAACAGCCGCUGCAGCAGCCCUGCGGAGGGCCCCCGUCCCAGCCCCCAAGGCAGCAGCAGCAGCAGCAGCAGCAAGCGCUGCCAGAAACACUCACGCAAGUCACAGCAGCAGCAUCAGGAGCAGGGGCGACAGGAACAAUAUGGAGGAGGCUGCGGAUAGCAGCAGCAGGGGGCCCUUCACCCCACGUGUUUGAUGCUGCUGCAGGAGCAGCAGCAGCAACUGCAGCAGCAGAGCCACCAGCAGCAGAAGCGGCGCAUUUCUUUCGCCUAGUUGCCGAGGCUCAGCGCCGUGUCGAGCUGGCAGCAGCAACAGCAGCGGCAGAUUCGCUGCGGUGCCUUUCUGCGGGAUUCCAGCAGCAGCAGCAACAGCCCCUCCAGCUGCAGCAACAGCAGCAGCUGCUGCCGCAGCAGGUGGAGUCUACAGCGCGCAAAGACGUAGACCGCGUGCUGCAGUGGCACCGAGCAGCAGCAGCAGCAGCACCUGCGUCGCCGCGUGAGCAGCAGCUGCAGGAGAAUCAGCAGCCACAAGACGCGAAUGAAGCAGCAGAUGCGUCUGCUGCUGCUGCUGCAGUUGCAACAGCAGGGGCUCCUUUAAACAUAGUAGACGUGUGGCAGCAAACGCCUCUUUUCCCGGUGUACAUACACCUCAAAACGCUGCAGCGGGGCUUUCUGCCUGCUGCUCUCGUUGCUGCGCUGCAGCAGCAGCCUGCAGCAAUUGGAGUGCAGAUGCUGCCGCAGCUGCAGCAGGUGUGUCUCUUCCAGGGCAACACGGCUUAUUUGCUUCCACUAGCAGCAGCAGGAGCAGCAGGAGAAGCAGCAGAGCCGUCGGUGCUGCGCCUCACAGCAGAUGCUGCCAUUGUUGCUGCUUGCUGCUACUGCCGCGGCGCACUGCUGCAGCAGGAUUUGGUGGAGGCGGGGCAGCAGCAGCAGCUGCUGCUGUUUCUGCUCACGACUCAGUCCCUUCUUGUCUUCGCUGUGGUCUUGCUGCAGCAGCAGCAGCAGCAGCAGAAGCACAAGAGAGCUUGCAUUUCUGACUACAUGUCGGACGGAUGCUGCCCGAUUCUGUUGCCCGCUGCUGCAGCUCAGCUCCAAAGCAGCAGCAGCAGCUGCAGCAGCAACGGGGUGCAGCAGCAGCUGUGGAUGGCUCAGCUGGUUGCUUUGGAGGACUUGGCCGUCAGCCUGCCCUCGGACAUUCGGUGUUUGCUGCAGCAGCGGCAGCAGCAACUCGAGGAGGAGCAGCAGCAGCUGUACCGCAGCCCCUGGCACUCCGCGCCUCGCCUUUUCGCGCAGCAGCAGCAACAGCAGCAGCAGCAAGAUGGCUGCUGCUCGCUUUACGCCUGCAUUGGGGGCCAGCUGCUGCAGUUCACAAUUGAUCAAAGAGCAGCAAACAGCAAAGUGCAGCGCCUGCCUCUCCGCCUGAGCAGCAUCUGCAGCAGCACUUGCUGCUGCAGCGCCGCAGGCAGCAGCAGCAGCAGCGGCAGCGGGAGAGGCAGCAGCAACGGAGCAGCCGACGGCUCCUGCAGUCGCUGCUCAGCAACAGCUGCAGCGGCAGUGCAACGGCUGCAGCGGCAAACAGCAGCAGCAGCAGCAGCAGCAGCAGGGCGCCGUCGCGGGUUCAUCUUUGUAGAGGAAGUGGCUGAUAAGCUGCUGGCAGCAGCAGAUGACAGCAGCGGGGUGUAUCUGCUGCUGCUGCACAGACACAAAGAAGGCCGCCUGCUCUCACGCAUAGCCAAGGGUCUUGCUGCUCUCCUCCAACUCCCCUAUUCGCGAUCUGGUACAUCCGCUGCACCAGUGACAGCAGCAGCAGCAGCGGCAGCAGCAGCACCAGCAGCAGCAGCAGCUGCUGCUGAAGACGCUGCAGGAUCGCAGUCAACUGAUCAUGAUGGAUGCUGCGAUUGUCCUGUUUGCCGGGAAGAAGUAGGAAACGCAGCAACAGCAGCAGCUAGUACUGCAGCAGCAGCAGCAGACUUCGGAGCUGUUGCUGAAGCCCUAGGGGAGCAGCAGUACCCAGGCCCUCCCGUGGGCGUCGAGUGCGUGGCUUACAUGUCUGCAAGCUGUUGGCAGCAGCAGCUUCAGCAGCAGCAGCUGCUGCUGCUGCCGCCGCCGCAGCAGCAGCAGCUGCAGGAGCGGCAGCAGCAGCAGCUGCAGCUUGUGGAUCUGCUGUGCUCCUUCACCCCUGACGGCCAGCCGCUGCUGACGCUGAUCACUGCCAGGGGUGACCGCGUGCUGCUGCUAGUCGGCCUUGAGCAGCAAACUGCUGCUGAUGCUGCUGCUGCUGCUGCUGAUGCAGCUGACAGCAGCAGCGGCAGAGCGGUCGGCAGCAGCAGGGACAGGAGCAGCUGCUGUUCAAGCAAAGCUGGGAAGUUUUCUCUGCGUCUUCUGUCUAUUCUGCACUCGCCGGAUGCAGCUCAGUGCCAGCAGCAGCUGGCAGAAGCUAAAGGCAGCAGCAGCAGCAGCAGCAGCAGAGGCGAUGCAGAAGCCUUAGGUGCGGGCGGCUCUCUGUUGACGCUUCGUGGCACACAGCAACAGCAACAGCAGCAACAGCAGCACCAGCAGCAGAAUGCUGUUGCAUUGUGCAGCAGUGGGCUUUUUGUGUUUUUCGAGGGCGCUGCUGCUGCAUGCAGCGGUGCACGGCAGCAGCAGCAGCAGCUUGCUGCUGCAGACAGCCAGUCGGUGCUGCUGUCGCUACGCGUUUCCUGGCCCUCAGACACACAUACCGGAGCAGCAGCAGCAGCAAUUUAUCCUGCAGCAGCUGCUGCUGCAGCGCAGCAGCCGAUGCACCUGCAUUGCUGCUGUCGGCUGGCGCUGCGCUCUCCGCUGCUGGCAGCAACGGAGGACCGACUACUGUGGUGGCCGCUGCAGCACCCGCAGCACGAUAGCAGCAGCAGCAGCAGCAGCGGCAGCUUGCGGCUGCUGCUGGGGGAGCACAUAGAGGGUGUACCUCCCGGCUUGGCCUCUCCCACUGCAGCUGCUGCAGCAGGACACGGGAUGGGAGCAGCAGCUGCAGCCGCAGCAGCAGCAGCAAAUACAUUUGCCAGCAGUAGCAGACGAAUGUGGCUUUUCACGCCCACAGAGUUCUUGCUUGUUGAGGUCGUGGCCAGCAGCAGCAGCAGCAGCAGCAAGAGCAGCAGCGUGUGUUGUGCUGCAGUAGGUGCAGCAGCAGGGCGACGCGCUGCUGCUGCAUUGAGAGCUCACCGAGCAGCAGCAAAGACUGUCCGGCAGCAGCUGCAGCAGCAGCAGUCCCGCAGUGUGUUGGGCCGCCUGCAAGUCGAAGCAGAUUCUGCUGCAGCAGCAACAGCAGCAGCAGUUGCUGCUAUUGAGUUUAGGAGAAUCUUUCCUCUUGUGCCUCCAGCAGCGCCGCAAACACGCUGGGGCUGUCUGCAACAGCUGCUAUCUCUGCAGCCGUGCGGCAGCAGCAGCAGCAACAACAGCAGCAGCAGCAUGUCUUUGGAGGAGGACCAUUUGCCGCGUCUGACUCUCAUCGCGGACACAGAAGACAGCAGCAGCAACGAGCAGCAGCAACAGCUGCAGCAGCCCCAGUGGAUUGAAGCCUUAGAGAUGCGUCUGGCGCUGCUUGUGGGCAGUCUGUGGGAAACUCCACUUUACGCGGCCACGAAGCAGCAGCAGCAGCAGCAGCAGCAGCAGAGGCAGCAGCAGGGCGGAGCCGGAGCAAGUGACAUUGUCAGUGCAGCAGCAACAGCAGCAGCAGCAGCAGCAACACCGCCCGUCUGCCGGCUGCCUCUUGCCUAUCUGGAGUGGCUCUGCGCGCAGCUGGACUUGCUGCUGCAGCAGCUGCUUCUGCUUGUGGGGCCCCGCGCCUCCACUCUUGCUGCUUCUUUAGUGCAUGCGCUUGCUGCUGCUCGCCAGCCUCCCUGGACUUUUGCAUGCAGCAGCAGCAGCAGGAACAGCAGCAGCAGCAGCAGCAGCAGCAAAGGCAGCAGCAGCAUGGACAGUGGCAUGCUGCAGCGGCUGGUGGAGUGUAUAGACAGCUCCGGAAGCCUGCGGCGGCUGCUAGAGGCAGCACCCGGGGGAUCCCUGUACCGGCAGCAGCUGCUGCGGCUGCUGGGGUUUGUGCUGCUGCUGCUGCUGCUGCGGCAGAUGCUUCAUCUGCUUGCUGCUAUAGAGCCGCUGCCUCGCAGCAGCCGAGCUCUAGUUUGGGAGCAGGCAGACGCCCUGUCUAGGGGUGCGUCUGCAGCAGCAGCAGCAGCAGCAGCAGCAGCAAGCCACCUGAUGUGCAACAGGACACUUGCCCAGCUGCUGCAGUGCAGCAGAACUCAGCAGCGGCUUUGGCGCUGCCUCGGCACUGCGAUCUUGAUGCAGCAGCAGCAGCACCCCCUCUUGCUGCUGUGUCAAGACAGCCCGUGUGGGCAGCUUGUGGCAGCAGCAAGCAGCAGCAGCAGCAGCGGCAGCAGUAGCGCUGCUACGGCUCUCAGAUCGAAACUGCGCUGGGCUUUGAGUGCAGCAGACGGCCGUGCUCUCUUCCGUUGGUGGGCUUGGGUACUUACGCAGCAGCAACAGCCGCAGCAGCAGCAGCAGCAGCAGCAGGCAGAGAAGCCCUCGCUGCUUUUGCUGCGUCUGGCUAAUGCUCUUCUUGCUUGCUUUGCAGAAUGCGGGGCUGAGCAAAAGCGGGAGCUCCUGACGGAGUGCUUGCUGCAGCUGUUGUUGCAGCACGAUGACUCGUAUCCAGCAAUGCAUCUAGCAGUGCAGCAGCUGGUCUCAGCAGCAGCAUCAGCAGCAGCACCGCCAAAAGGGCGCCUCACAUGUUACUCAAGUGAUUUGCAAGCUGCAGAUGUUGUUGCGGCUUUCAAGGAGGCGGUCCGCCUUGCUGCUGCUGCCCUCAGCAGCAGCAGCAGCAGUAGCAGCAGCAGCACCUUCAGCCGGGAUGCUGCUGCGCUUGGCUGGCAACAGCUGCUGCCGCGGGUGCUUGGCUACACUUCCACAGAACAGCUGCUGCUCGACAGUUCAACGUUGCAGCCCUGUGGACAGCAGCAGCAGCAGCAGCCGCAGCAGCAGCAGCUUGUAGAGGGUCUGUGGAAGAGAGUGGAGAGAAGCAGUGGAGGGCAGUUGCCGCUGCUGCUGCCGGGCGAGCUGCUGCAGUGGAUGGCGCUUGAUUCUCUUUUUGAGGUCCAUGAGCAGCAGUCGCUGCAGUGCAGCAGGGAAGCAGCAGCAGCGGCAGCAGCAGCAGCAGCAGCCGCCCCUGCAGCGGCUGAUCCAGGGCAGCAGCACGCUGCUGUGGCUGCUGCAUGCGAUGCCCUCGACAGCUCUGUCUGCUGCGGGCUGCUGCUGCGCUGCCGCCCUGAGGCGCAGCAGCACUGGGCAGUUUCGGCUAUCUUGGCAAUCUUCAGCAGCAGCAGCAAUAACAGCAGCAGCAGCAAAAGCUGCAGCAGCAGCAGUAGCAGUAGUAGUGGAGAUCCUGGGGCACUGUCAAUUGUGCGUGCCUAUCUGCACUGCUGCUUCAGUGGAGGCCUCGUGCCUCAAGGAGGAGUGUUGGCACAGCUUUACGCGCAGCAGCAGCAGCAGCAGCAGCAGGAGCAGUGGCACCUGCUGCUGCUGGCGGCAAGCAUAUACACGGCUUUGGCCGCCACGGAAGCAGCGCAGCAGCAGCCGCCGCUGCCAGCAGCAGUUCGCUGCGCUGCAGCAGCAGAAGCCUUGCGCCUGCUGCAGCAGCUGCUGCAGCAGCGGUCGUCAGCAAUUGCCGCUGGUACAUGGGAACCUCUCUGUGGCCUAGAGCUUGCUUCACUCUUCUGCUCAAUUAUUGAGCCGCAGCAGCAGCAGCAGCAGCAGGAAAUAGAGCUGCUGCAGCAGGUCAUCUCGGCGCUCGAGGCUCUCCAGACGAUCCUCAAAGACUUGCAGCUGCCGCUGAUGCACUGGGUGGCGCUGCAGCAGCUGCAGCUGCAGCUGCAGCAGCAGCCACAGCAGCGGGAGCAGCUACAGCAGCAGCAGUGGGUGGCAUCCUUGUGCAGCCAAGAAGGGGCUGUGUGGCAGCUGCGAUUCUCGCUGCUGCCAGUGCCGCAGCUUUUCGCAAUUGCUGCUGCUGCUGACGCCCCCCACUUUUCGCUGCGCGCGCUGCUGCUAGACUUGGCGCUGCAUCUGCCAGCUGUUGUGCAGCAGCAGCAGCAGCAGCAGAUGCUCGGAGUCACUGCCACUGUGCAUGCAGCAACUGCUGCACUGCUGUCGCGCCUCUUUCUUGAGGCGUCCACAGAUGCGGCGUGCCCUACCGUGAGGCUGCUGCAGCAACUGCUUCCUGCUUCGGAGCAGCUAGACGGGAGUCCCGUAUUGCUGCUGCUGCUGCGCUGCUGCAAUUUCGCAUGGACGGGGCUGCCUUCGCCUCCAGAUUGUGCAGCAGCAGCAGAAGCAGCAGCAGAAGCAAAGGAGGUGCUGCAGAAGGGCAACAUACUGGCUCGAUGCUGCCUGGAAGUGCUGCAUGCCGUAUGGCGGCAGCAGCAGCAACAGCAGCAGCAGCAGCAGCAGGAUACGUCUCUGCUGCCAGAUGAACUGCUGCUGAUACCGCUUGGGUGGCCGCGGGCAGCAGCACUUUCCCUGUCGGAUUCAUUUGAGGUGUAUCUGCAACUUUUGGCCCAAGAAGCGCUCAUAGAGCAAGCCUGUGAUAUCUUCAAUGCACAACGGCAGCAGCAGCAGCAGCAACAGCAGCAGCAGCAGCAAGCUCUCGUGACUGCUGCUCUUGUCCGUAGCCACUUGCAGCGCGUGAUGCUGCGCUUGCUGCUGGACUGGGUAAAGGCAGCAGAAGGGGAGGGCCCCCUAAGUUUGGGGGCCCCUGGUUUCGGGUGUAUAGGCAGCUCACUGGACUUUGAGUCCAUUAGUGCAUUUUUAGAUGGAGUGGUUGAGGGAGAAGCGGGAGGCGAUAAACAAUUAAUGGAAGCAGCAAAACUUAUCAAGGUGCUGCUGGCGAAUGCAUGCAGCACGAACAAGCACAUGCGCAGGCUUCAUCCGCAGCUGCAGCAGCAGCAGCAGUUUCUGCUGCAGCAGCAGCAGCAACAGCUGCAGCAGCAGCUACAGUUCAGUGGCUGCGGGUUCCCUGAGGGAGUUGCAUAA